AAAGGAUAUUUGCAAUAGUACAACAUCACAAGACCAUUGAAUAAGAAGGUUCAUAACAUUUUCACAUAAUUUUAGAGGACAAACUUCUUUCUGUGACGAUAUACUGUAUUAUAAGACCGUUUUCCAGUGUUGUUGAACAAUGGAACUACACAUUGAUGCCCAGGCGUGGAGAUGGUAUGUUUCGGUCUUUCUUAUGUAUUUUGCCGUUCUGAACACAAUUUCUGCAGUUACCCACUAUUCUAUUCCUGAAGAACUGAAGGAAGGUUCGGUAGUAGCAAAUUUAGCCGCGGAUUUGGGACUUGAUGUUAAAACUCUUAGUAAAAGGAAAAUGCGCUUGGAUGUAAUCGCUAAUAAGAAAUACCUAGAUGUGAACAAAGAAACUGGGGAACUCUACGUCGUUGAGAAAAUCGACAGGGAAUACCUUUGCAUAUCAAAAACAACAUGCUUUCUUAAACUGGAUGCUACAAUUGAAAAUCCGAUACGGAUGUUUAAUAUUGAAUUGGAGGUCUUGGACAUUAACGACAAUGCACCUAAUUUUCGAAGAGAUACAAUGCAUUUGGAUAUCUCUGAGUCUACCCCUGCUGGCGAAAGAUUCUCAUUGACCAACGCUGUAGACCCGGACAUUGGUACGAAUUCUAUCAAAACCUAUUACUUGAGUGAAAGUGAUCAUUUCAACAUUGAAAUUCAGACAGGCCGUGAUGGAUCAAAAUUCACUAAUUUGAUUUUAAAGCAGGCUUUAGACAGAGAGGACCAGGCUAUUCAUGAUCUAAUACUUACAGCUGUGGACGGCGGCAUACCCACGCGCUCUGGUACAGCCAGCAUCAUUAUUCGCGUGUUAGAUACAAAUGACAACGCUCCUCAGUUCGAUAAAGAAAGCUACACCAUAGAAAUUGUAGAAAAUUCGCCAAUUGGUAGCCUUGUGGUCAAACUGAAUGCAACUGAUUUAGACGAGGGGACAAAUUCAGACGUGGUAUACUCAUAUAGUCUUUACACGUCUGAGAAAACACAAGAAACGUUUAGUCUACACGCUAUCACAGGAGAAAUAACGAUUAAGGAAAUAAUCAAUUAUGAAGAUUUUAGAAUAUAUGAUAUGGAGGUAAUAGCAACUGAUAAGGGCGCGAAUCCAUUAUCAGGCCAGUGUAAAUUAACCAUUCUGGUAACAGAUAUGAAUGAUAAUCAUCCUGAAAUAUCCAUUAAAUCAUUCCAGAGUCCAAUUAAGGAGAAUGUAGCAUUAGAUACAGUGAUAGCAGUAGUUAGUAUUGGCGACAAGGACUCCGGUAAAAAUGGAGAAGUGGAUUUACAUAUUCCAAAUAAUUUACCUUUUGCGCUAAGAGAAUCUUCUGAUAACUUUUAUGAGUUGGUAGUUUCAGAGCCUUUAGACAGAGAGAAAGUGCCAGAAUAUGACAUCACAUUCACUGUUACCGACAGGGGAUCCCCUCCGUUAUCUGAAAAUGAAACUAUGACUUUAGAACUACUGGACGUUAACGACAACAUCCCACUGUUUCCUCAGUCGUUCUACACUAUACCCGUUACAGAGAAUAACGCCCCUGGUGCCUUGUUAAGUUCCCUCACUGCGUUUGAUCCUGAUCUCCAUGAAAACCAGUAUCUCGUUUAUUUUAUAAUAGAAAAGGGGAUCGUGAACACCUCCAUGUCUAUGCUGUUUUCCAUCAAUCCAGAAAACGGCAAUCUUUACGCACUAAAGACGUUUGACUAUGAGAUAGAGAAGGAGUUUCUUUUCCACAUUGAGGCCAGAGACUCUGGUGUCCCUCCACUCAGCAGUAACGUGACUGUGAACAUUAUAAUUGUGGACCAGAAUGACAACACACCGGUCAUCGUCUCUCCAUGGCGCGCACAAGGCUCCGUGGUGGAGGAAAAGAUCCCCAGAUCCACCGAUAAAGGAUCUUUAGUUUCCAAGGUGAUAGCUAUAGACACUGACUCGGUACAGAACUCUCGGAUAACAUACCAGUUUCUCCAGGUGACUGACGCCACCUUAUUCAGUCUGGAUCUGGUGAUCGGACUGGGCUCGGUGUCGUUUCUUUUACUGAUCACCAUAUUGGUCACCUGCGUGCUGAAGUGUCAGAAACCGAAGCCCAGCAAAGCAGCUCCUCCCUGCAGGAACAGCGUGAUCAGCGAGAGGAACUCCACCAUCGCGGAUUCCACCCUGGUGUCUAACGAUGCGUACUGGUACAGCAUGUUUCUAGCGGAGACGAGGAAGGGAAAGCUGGUAGUCAGACAGCCUGUGCCAAAGGGCUCCAGAUACAUCGUGUCCAGUAUUCCAAGAAGCACGGGACUGACAGAGACCAGCGACUCAGCUGCUUCUACCCUGCAGUUCCCUCAGUCGUUCUACACUAUACCUGUUACUGAGAAUAACGCACCUGGGGCCUUGUUAAGUUCCCUCACUGCGUUUGAUCCUGACCUCCAUGAAAACCAGUAUCUAGUUUAUUUCAUCAUAGAAAAGGAGAUAGUGAACACCUCCAUGUCCAUGCUGUUCUCCAUCAAUCCAGAGAACGGUAAUCUUUAUGCACUAAAGACGUUUGACUAUGAAAUAGAAAAGGAGUUUAUUUUCCACAUUGAGGCCAGAGACUCCGGUGUCCCUCCACUCAGCAGUAAUGUGACUGUUCACAUCGUUAUUAUGGACCAGAAUGACAACACACCAGUCAUCGUCUCUCCAUGGCGUGCGCACGGCUCGGUAGUCGAGGAAAAGAUCCCCAGAUCCACCGAUAAAGGAUCCCUGGUUUCCAAGGUGAUAGCUAUAGACACUGACUCGGUACAGAACUCUCGGAUAACAUACCAGUUUCUCCAGGUGACUGACUCCACAUUGUUCAGCCUGGACCAAUACAACGGAGAGAUCCGGACUAUGAGAAUAUUCAGUUACAGAGACCCACGUCACCAACGGCUGGUUGUCAUCGCCAAGGACAACGGAGAGCCUGCGCUCUCUGCUACAGUCACCAUUAAGUUCUCAACUGUGGAGACUGCUGUUAAAGCCUACUCUGACAUGACUGAAGUGCCUCUAGAAUAUGACAUCUUCUCUGACCUCAACCUGUACCUGGUGAUCGGACUGGGCUCGGUGUCGUUUCUGUUACUGAUCACCAUAUUGGUCACCUGUGUGCUGAAGUGUCAGAAACCGAACCCCAGCAAAGCGGCUCCUCCCUGCAGGAACAGCGUGAUCAGCGAGAGGAACUCCACCAUCGCGGAUUCCACCCUGGUCUCCAACGAUGCGUACUGGUACAGCCUGUUUCUAGCGGAGACGAGGAAGGGAAAACUGGUAGUCAGACAGCCUGUGCCAAAGGGCUCCAGAUACAUUGUGUCAAGUAUACCAAGAAGCACGGGACUGACAGAGACCAGCGACUCAGCUGCUUCUACUCUGCAGACGCAAUUUUGA